CCAGACUGCCACCCUCAAAAUUUAAUUGAUCUCAACAAAACAUAUACGGGAGUAAAUAAAUAGAGUAAGGGGCGCCAUCCAUCCUUAUAUUACAAUCUGAUUCGACCAGAAAAUUAGGUGAACCGGAAAACAUCACUGCGCUACUUAUACCGGCGAAGCGGCAGCCUCGUCAUAUAUAUACACUUAUAUAGGCUAGUGCAGUAGUGCUGGCAUGCAGCAGGCUGUUAGUGGAGUGGAGGAAAGCUAGCUACGAUCGCUGAACUUGUAAGCUCCGCCUCAAAGCGCAUCCCCGCCGGUCGGCCGCCGCCGCCUACCAGUGGUUGCCAGAGGCUUUAAUUUUCACCGGAGCUUCAUAGGAUCACAGUCGACGAGCAGCUUGCAUAACCUUCUGAUUGGCCCAUUCCGUCCAGUCUUGAAGCUGAUUCUGCAAUUCCCGCACUCUUGGGACAAGUUUGAGAAUCAUUUCUUCUUUCUUGUCACGUGCAGCCCAUUGAGUAAUAUGUUUUUCAUCUCCUGCAGUAUUCCCACAGUUAAGUUCUUCAUUGCUACUGCUGAUAGUACGUAUAUCGAUUAAUUAAUGUGGCAAAAUCUUCAAAGUUAGUUCUCACACUACAUUUUUAACUUCAGAAUACAUCAUUUGUAUGUGAGUGAAAGCUUGGACUUGUUCAACCCAUUUUUUUAGGAGAAUAAAGAUACGUGUAUGAGUGGUUUAUGCCAUACACAUAUUCACCUGCUAUUUGCUUGUUUUCAUCCGUAUUUGCAGGCUUCGUGGAGUCUUAAUAGGAGCAGUUAGUUAUUUCCAUUUCAUCUAUAAAUUUGAUGUAUUAUCAGUCCGUAAUAUAUACAUAUUUUCCUGCAAAACUAUCAGUUCAAAUUCAAUCCAUCUUGAGUGAACACACCAUGUGUUUGAUAUUAUUUCUUCAGUAUGUUAUUCAUAUACUUUGCUAAUUUUAUAUCCCCUGUUCAGUAAACCAACAUUUGGUAUCAGAGCCACAGGAGAGAAAUGUCUGUACCAGGUCAGAACAAGAACGGAAUGACACUCCAGUACCCGAUGCUCACACGGAGCAAUUAUCCAGCAUGGGCCUUGAAGAUGCGGGUAAACUUGAAGGCUCAAGGUGUGUGGGAUGUCAUUGAAACUAGAGCCACCGAUGAACGAAAAAACAUGACUGCUCUUGCUCUAAUCUAUCAAGCAAUCCCUGAAGACAUUCUUCUCAUGUUGGCUGACAAGGACUCUGCUAAGGAAGCGUGGGAGGCGCUGAAAACAAUGCAUAUUGGCGACGAACGAGUCAAGGAAGCAAAAGUGCAGACCUUGAGGAGUGAGUUCGAGGCACUCUCUAUGAAAGAAGGUGAGUCGGUGGAUGACUUUGCCAUGAAACUGACAAAAAUUGUCAACGGCAUCCGGACAUUGGGUGACACGAUUGAGGAAACAUCUGUUGUUAAGAAAUUUCUUCGGGCCGUCCCGCCACAAUUUCUGCAGAUUGUUUCAUCGAUUGAACAGUUUGGAGAUCUCAAGACCAUGACUAUGGAGGAGGUGACAGGUCGUCUGAAGCUUUAUGAGGAGAGAACCCGGGGCAGCAGCGAAAAGAAUGAGGAAAAUCUAUUGCUCACAUACUCAGAAUGGAUGAUGCGACAGAAGGGGAGUAACAACGACGACGAGAAAAGAAAUGGUGAGAGUAGCAAUAACAAUCGUGGUCAGGGACGUGGUAGAGGUGGACGACCUUACACUGGAGAACGGAGUCGUAAUAGUGGCAGCAGCCGCGACAAAAGCAAGAUUAAGUGCUUUAAUUGCGAUAUAUACGGACACUAUGCCUCUGAGUGUCGUAAACCGCGUCGAAGUCGAGAUGAUGAGGUCCAUUUCACACAGACCCAAGAUGAGGAACCAGCCUUGUUGCUAUCUGAACAGGAAAAAAGGACGAGUGAUAUGGUUUUACUAAAUGAAGGAAAGGUUGUACCAAAGCUGCGAGAUGGUGCAACCAGCCACGGCGAAUCUGAUGUAUGGUACCUUGACAAUGGGGCCAGUAAUCACAUGACGGGUCAACGAUCAAAGUUCAAAGAUCUCGAUGAGAGCGUUCAAGGACACGUGAAGUUUGGCGAUGGUUCCACUGUGCAGAUCUUGGGAAAAGGAUCAAUACUACUGAAAUGCAAGAAUGGUGAGCACCGAUUACUGACUGAUGUAUAUUACAUACCAAGCUUGUGUAGUAAUAUUAUUAGUCUUGGCCAAUUAUCGGAGGAUGGAAAUAAGAUUGUGCUGCACGGAACAUUCUUGUGGAUACAUGAUAGGUUCGGAAAGCUUCUUAUGAAGGUGAAAAGAACACAAAAUCGUCUCUAUAAGGUGUUGCUUGAAACAACACAACCAGUAUGCCUAACUGCAAGCACCCAUGAUCUGUCAUGGCUCUGGCAUACACGACUGGGGCAUGUGAACUUCCAAGCACUGAAAGAAAUGAAUGAAAAGGGGAUGGUACGAGGUUUGCCUAACAUUACACACCCUACACAACUAUGUGAAGGCUGUGUGAUUGCUAAGCACGGAAGGGCACCCUUUCCAGGUCAAACAACCUUUCGGGCGGAUCAACCAUUGCAGCUGAUUCAUGCAGAUUUGUGUGGCCCGAUAACCCCACAAACACAAGCUGGGAAUAGGUAUUUUCUCCUUCUUGUUGAUGAUUACAGUAGGAUGAUGUGGGUAUACAUGCUCAAACAAAAGAAUGAUGCCUUUUCUGCCUUUAGGAAGUAUAAGGCUUUGGUUGAAAACCAAACUGGAUACAAUAUGAAGAUUUUAAGGACUGACCGAGGAGGGGAAUUCCAGUCAAAGGAAUUUACAUCAUUCUGUGAAAAGGAGGGAAUCGAGAGACAUCUCACGGCACCAUAUACACCACAACAAAAUGGUGUCGUGGAACGCAGGAAUCGUACUGUGGUGGCAAUGGCUAGGAGCCUUUUGAAAACUAUGCAGCUACCUGGAGAAUUAUGGGGGGAGGCAGUAAGGCAUGCUGUGUACAUCUUGAACCGUGUGUCGACUAAAUCACUCACGGAUACUACUCCCCAUGAGAUGUGGACUGGAAGGAAGCCAAAUUUGGAACACCUAAGGGUGUUCGGUUGCAUCGCUCACAUGAAGCAAUCUGGUGUGCACAUUAAAAAGCUAGAUGAUCGUAGUAAAAUCGUGGUAUACCUUGGCGUGGAGGAAGGUUGUAAAGCAUACCGUCUUUUCAAUCCUCAUGAUGGUAAGCUUUACAUUAGUAGGGAUGUUAUUUUCGAAGAAGAUAAAAAGUGGGACUGGUAUAGUGAUGGUGAAACGAAUGAUAAAAAAACUAUGGAAUUCACAAUUCUUCCACACGAGGGAGGCAUAGUCGAGCCAGAUUAUCCACCAACAGACUUCACAACAGUUCAGGAACAAGAGAGCUCAAGCAGUGAAUCAGAAGAUGGUGGUCCCAGAAGGUUCCGUUCUCUUGCUGAGAUAUACGCAGAUGCACCUGAAGCAGAUAUGGAUGCUAAUGAGUUGAUGUUAGUUGCCAUUGAGGAGCCAACUUGUUACCGAGAGGCAGUAACUGAAAAGGAGUGGCAAGAUGCUAUGGAAAGAGAAAUGGAGGCUAUUGAAAAAAAUAAGACCUGGACACUGACUGAUUUACCAUCUGGACACAAACCUAUUGGAUUGAAGUGGGUGUUUAAACUGAAAAAGGAUAGUGAAGGGAAUGUUAUCAAGCAUAAAGCCAGACUUGUAGCAAAGGGAUAUGUGCAACGUCGGGGAAUUGAUUUUGAAGAAGUUUUCGCACCAGUGGCAAGACUUGACACUAUAAGGAUGUUGAUUGCUCUUGCAGCCCAUCGUGAGUGGAAAAUUCACCAUCUGGAUGUCAAGUCAGCGUUUCUUAAUGGUGACCUUCAAGAAGAAGUAUAUGUUUCUCAACCAGAAGGGUUUUGUGUAAAAAACGAGGAACAUAAGGUAUAUAAGUUGUCCAAAGCCCUCUACGGUUUACGUCAAGCACCAAGGGCAUGGAAUACACGCCUUGACAGAAGUAUGAAGAGUCUCGGGUUCGUGAAGUGUUCUCAGGAGCAAGCUGUAUACACAAAAAUUUAUGAGGAAGAAAUUCUAGUUGUUGGUGUGUACGUGGAUGACCUGAUUAUAACCGGAACAAGCCUGGACUGUAUAGAGAGAUUCAAAAUGCAAAUGAUGAAAGAAUUUGAAAUGAGUGACCUUGGGUUACUUUCAUAUUAUCUUGGCAUUGAGGUAGACCAGAAGAAAGGCUGCAUUACCCUGAAACAGUCUGCCUAUGCAAGAAGGGUUUUACAACAAUUCGGGAUGGAAGACUGCAACUCAAGCAAAUGUCCCAUGGAAGCAAGGCAGCAGCUUGGAAUAGAUGUUGGGGGAGUUCAUGUGGAUCCUACCGAGUAUAGAAGCCUCAUCGGGAACCUAAGGUAUUUAACUCAUACUCGGCCAGAUAUUUCAUAUGCAGUUGGAAUCAUAAGCAGGUACAUGGAGAAGCCUACCACAGUUCAUCAGGUGGCGGCUAAACGUAUUCUUCGCUACGUGAAGGGGACAAUUAACUAUGGAAUUCAAUAUGAGAGAGGGCAAGGCGUUGAAGAACUAGUGGGUUUCACUGACAGUGAUCUGGCCAGCGAUGUUGACGACAGGAAAAGCACCGGAGGAAUGGCAUUUUAUCUCAAUGGAAACCUGAUCACUUGGCAAUCGCAGAAGCAACAAACUGUGGCCCUAUCUUCUUGUGAGGCUGAGUAUAUGGCAGCAACUCUAGCAUCGUGCCAAGCUCUGUGGCUAAGAAAUUUAUUGAGUGAACUAACUGGGAGGAAGCCUAAACCAGUAACUCUCUACAUUGAUAACAAAUCUGCAAUUGCAUUGAUAAAGAACCCGGUAUUUCACAAACGCAGCAAGCACAUUGACACUCGCUUUCACUUUAUAAGAGAGUGUGUUGAGAAGGGGCAAAUGGUUGUGGAGUUCAUCUCGACCAAAGAGCAGCGUGCAGACAUUCUUACAAAGGCCUUAGCAAGGAUAAGGUUUGCUGAAAUGCGGGACUUACUUGGAGUGAAGAAUCUUGAACAAAGUCAAGCUUACGGGGGGGAAUGUGAGUGAAAGCUUGGACUUGUUCAACCCAUUUUUUUAGGAGAAUAAAGAUACGUGUAUGAGUGGUUUAUGCCAUACACAUAUUCACCUGCUAUUUGCUUGUUUUCAUCCGUAUUUGCAGGCUUCGUGGAGUCUUAAUAGGAGCAGUUAGUUAUUUCCAUUUCAUCUAUAAAUUUGAUGUAUUAUCAGUCCGUAAUAUAUACAUAUUUUCCUGCAAAACUAUCAGUUCAAAUUCAAUCCAUCUUGAGUGAACACACCAUGUGUUUGAUAUUAUUUCUUCAGUAUGUUAUUCAUAUACUUUGCUAAUUUUAUAUCCCCUGUUCAGUAAACCAACAUUGUAAACAUAAAAAAGAUUCAUUUUGAACUUACGUAGUACGAAGUACUACUUAGUACUUACCAACACAAUUUAUUGAUUUAUUAGCACUGUUAAACUUUUAAAAGUAAAAUCCCAAACCUUUGUUAAAUUAAAGAUGGCAUCUAAUUUAAAACAUUCAUCCCCUCCCCCGUUCUCUGUUCUCAGUUCUGGCGGCUUCUCUUCCAUUUGUCGCUGAAUAUUUCAAAGUCUCUCUCGUACUGGACUCCGAAGACAUGACGAGCACGCUUUUAUCCCAUUCAAGCGCCUGAAACUACUGAACCGCUCUAUGCUCUUUGAUGACCAAGUGUCAGCACAUAUCUCUUCAAAGCCUUCUGCAUUCAGAGUUCACAAUCUUUUGGCGAUUCAGAUUUUAGUCCUCAAUUGUCGUAGGUCUUGUUUAUUGAUAAGGUAAACUCCCCUCACUCCAUUAGACUCUAAGUCUCUCUUCUGCCUUCUUCUUCUCCAUAUGCUUCCGGCAUCUUCAGUCCCUUUUUCUUCCGCUCCUGUUAUCCGUCCAGGUAUGUUUUUUGUUUGAUCUCUUAUACUCUCUGUUCUCUUUUACGUAGUAUCUUGAAUUUUUAAAUUUAUAAAAUAAUUUAAAUUAUUUAAAUACAUAACCAUAUUAACAUCAGCCUAAACCCUUAUCACAAUCAGAAAAUUUAACAAUUUAAAAUAAUGAUAAAAGAUUGUUUGUCCAAUCAGACCGUUUAAAUUUGUACUUUUAACAAUUGAAUAAAAUUAAAUAUUAAAUUGUGUAUUAACUGAUAGUUUACAAGUUUAUAAGUUUGUGACAACUUGUUAUUAAUUAUUAAUAAAUUUUUUUUAUGUAAAAGUUUAUUGAACAUAUACUAUUAAUAGGUUAGAAUAAGUAUUAACAAUAUAAUCGACUGUAAAACAACUUGUUAAAUUAAAAACUACUAUUACUUUGUAAUAUUUUAGAGUUUACUAUAGAAUACUCUUAUGUGCAGUGGCGGAGCCAGAAAAACGAGUCAGGGGAUCAAAAAUCAACUAAAUGCAAAAUGAAAAUGGUAGAUCGUUUUAGAGUUUAGACAAUGUCUCGUUUGAAUGUUUCAUUUGUAAUUUAGAUAAAUAGACAAUCGUAAACAAUAAGAUAGAUUGUAAUCAAUACUCCCACCGGUUCUAAAACAAGUUCUGGUUUUGACUUCACACAUAUUAAGAAAAUAAACUUGACUUUACUGUGGAAUGCACUGUUUGGCACUGUUUGACACUGUUUGGACACUGUUUGGCACUGUUUGACACUGUUCUGCACUGUUUUGAUGUAGAUAACUUGCCAUAUUAAAUAAAGAAAUGUUUGAAAGUGGAACUUAAUUUUGGUAAUGCCCAAAAUAAGUUAGCGGGUUGCGAGAAGUGUUUGAUAAUUUAGCCAUUAGGCCACUUGACCCUAUACAAGUGUUUUCAGACCACUCACUCCUAUACGCGCCUAUACUACAUUCCCCUCUGAAGGUAAGGCCAUUUAGGGGACCUCUGUGCUACCUCCUCCAGAGCCUCGUAAGCUUCCCUGGUUCGGUAUACACCCUUUGUGUGAUCACAGCACGAGUGUGUGCCACCCAAUCACACUCUCUAGAGUCGUGCUAGGUCACGGUCUUUAUCAAUGUGCAAACAGUACACUAGGUAGCUAAUCAUCUCAAAUAUUCCUAUUUUAAUUAUGAAGAGCCUCAGGGCCUGCCCAGACACAAAUAGUUUAAUCUAGCCCACAGGUUCGUUCCAAGCACGUUUUUAUCUUCGCAAAUCUUGUUCGGGCAUGGCCGGCGUACUGUGAGUUGUAUCCGUAUCAAACCUAUUUAAUCACAUCUAUUAUUUCGUAAUAGGUUCACAUAAGUACAUUACAUCACUAGCACCAUAAGUAACUAAUUCUAUCAAAUUCUCCUACAGAAAAGGUAUAUGUGGUUUGAGCCGUUUUCAGAUAGGGGCACAUGUUUCAUUUUUUGACAAAGUGGGACAUGUGUUUCAAUUCCGUUAUCACACCAGGGGCAUGACGUCUAACGCCGUUAGAAAAUUUAACCCCGAUUUCCAAAAGUCUUCGAUACAUUAAAAGAAAAAUACUGGGAGGUGCGUCUCGUCACGGAGACCAACAAACUAUCGUUCUCUUUGAAUUUUUGUCGGCUCUAUUUGGAUUAAUUUUUAAAAAUGAAUUUGUUAGUAUCACUUUUUCGGUUUUUUUUUUGGCGAUAUGGUGGCUGGAAACAAAAAAAGAAAGAUUGUGACACCGCACCCGAACGUCCUUGAAAAUUCGAUUUAAAAAUUCCAAAGUGAUGUAUUGAAUUUCCGAUUUCAAAACAAUGGAAGAAACGAUUAAUAUUUUACGAAGUAUAUGAUUGAAUAUUGUAUUGUUCAAACCCGCAUUCGUUUGUAAUUUUCAUAAUGUAAAUUAUUGGGAUGAGCCUACACAUAUUGGAGAUCAAUAAUGUGAUUUAGGAAGUUGACUUGUUCUAAAUAAAUUAGGAGGAGUACAAAAAGACAUCUUUUGACAAAGAUAAAACAAUAGGACCCAUUUUCCCCAUUUUUGGAAGUAUUGGUAGAUAAUUUGGAUCCCAAAUUAAUUGGGAUCAAUUGGGAACCACUCCACAUGAUUAGAGUACCUACAAAACAAGAAAAUUAAGUGAGGAGACUUACCUUGGCCGCACCAGCUGGAGGAGGGCUGCACAAGACUUGAUUGGAAUCAACCUUGAGACCCACCUUGUCAAUUUCCGCACAAAAUGGUGUGCUGUUUGUCUCCACUCAUUAUGGGAGUUAUACUCGACCAAACAACGUGUAUAAGGUGUCUUUGGAUAGCUUUUGAAGUCUAUUUUCAUAUUUGAGUGGCCACAGUUCGAGAGGAGAAGUCAAUCAUCCAAAAAUCGAUCUGGAACGAGAAGAGGUCUGUGAACUCGAGCUGUGAGAGUGCUGAGACUGUUUGGCCGAUAUCUCGAGUUUUACCAAUCCAAUUAAGGCGUGUGAGAUACCAAAAGAAAGCUCUCAAGACGAGGAAUCCGUGAAGGUCUGGUUUGCAUCAAUCGGAGUAGAGGAAGGCUUCCAAAUCGUCCGAGCAGAACGAGACCUCGCAGGGACGGAUUUACUCUUCUAAGAAUCGAGUUAGCCGGAAAACACCCGUUCUAGGGGCUGUUUUAGUAUCAACGACUCGGGGUUGAAAUAGCAACUUGAGGAGGCUGUUUAGAACCCAUUUUCAAGCAAGGAACUAGUUCCCAAUCUUCCUUGGCCGAGGCUUUAGCCAUUGGAUCGAGAAGGAAGGUUUUAAAGCUCAUUUGAGGUGAGGAUCGACAUCUAGUUGCUUACAACUUGUAGGUUAAGCAUGAGAUUACCUAAAUGCUUAAAUAAUGUUUUCCAUGGAUUAUGAUGAUAACCUAUUGAUGGAAUAUUGAUCUAUUUUCCAAAGAAUGAAAUAAGAAAUGAUUUGGUA